AUAAAUACAUUCACUUUUAUUUUUAUUAAAAUAAAACCAUUCAAACUGGGUGUUCGGAUUUAUAUGUCACUUAGUAUACAUAUUUUUGUAAUAUUCCGUUACAAAGUGUUUUCAACUAUGUUUUAUAGACAAAAUCUCAUCACUCUCUCCCCUCCAUCUUCCAUGAUCACAUAUGAUUCAUGAACGUAUUGGUUAGAAUAAUAUAUGUCUCACGUCCAUGAAUCAUAUGUGAACAUAAGUCCGAUGAUACCCGAGCAAGUGAUUUGUGCAUAGACAUAUUGCCGCUAGACUAGGCAGGAUAUUGGCCGCUCUGUGUAUAAAAGUGAAAUGCGGGAGAUCACUCUGGGUGGUAUAGCUAUCUUUGCUUGACACACGCUCGCGCAAGCGCCACUGUAGAGCUUUAUGAGAGCUCUGCGUUUUAUCUAUUUUGCCAGGAUACCUAAUCUUGUCGUAUUUUGUCUAUGAAGAUUUGACACUUAGAGACUUUGGGAAUGGCAUUCUUCGAUUGGGGUAUGAGUGCGGCAUGAUUAGCAGUUUGUUUACUUUGAAUUUAAACCCAGUUAGUGCUAAUAACAGGACUAUUUUGCAAUGGCUUCCAGCAGACCAUUGACAGAUAGAGAACUCCAGGAGGAAAUUGACAAUAUGAGUGACAUGAAUGAUUCUGAUUUCGAUAGUGACGACAGUAUAGCAGAUGAAACGUUCACCUGCAAUUCUGGAUCAGAAAGUGAUGACAGUAGCGAUAGUAAUGGAUCUUCUCCAGUGGCGUCCGAUGAAGAUAUAGCCAAUAAUAUUCCAAAUCCCAAUAAUCUCGACACUAUUCCGUGGUCAAGUACAGUCAAGAUGUUGCAGCGACAUCAGUUUACUGGAAAAUCAGGGCUUCUGAAAAACAUUAUACGCUUUGAUGGUUCUGAUGGUAAUGUGCACCCUGUGGACAUAUUUCUUUCUUUUAUAAAUAACGAAGUUCUGGAGCUAAUGGUGCAAGAAACUAACAGAUAUGCUCAACAAUUUUUGAACAAUAGGCAACUGCGAAGAUCAAGUAGACUUCGGAGAUGGAAAAAUACUGAUACCUCCGAAAUGAAAAGGUUUUUAGGGCUCAUCAUGCUUACGGGAAUAAUAAACUUUCCGCGUAUAGAAUAUUAUUGGAAAAAAAGCCAAGUAUAUUUCCACCCACUUCUUCACAAAAUAAAUAUGUCUUAUAACAGAUUUGCCCUACUACUAAAGUGUUGGCAUUUUGUUGACAAUAAUCUCCACAGGGAUAAUGAAUCACGUACAUACAAGGUUCAGCCUUUGAUAGAUAUGGUGCUUUCAAACAUAAGGCAAACAUAUUGUGCUGGUGAAAUUGUAGUUAUCGAUGAAACUAUGAUUCCUUUCAGAGGAAGGUUAAAAUUUAGACAAUACAACCCCUCAAAAUCUAGCAAAUAUGGUGUAAAGAUCUAUAAAUUAUGCACCACAAAGGGAUUUACGUAUUCCUUUUCUAUUUAUUGUGGAGAUGAUCCCAAAAUUCCUGAGUUAGACAAGCCUGGAUCUGUUGUAGUAAAUUUAGCUGAAGGCUUAUUGAAUGAAGGACGGCUAAUCAUAACUGAUAAUUUUUACACCAGUAUUCCUCUAGCUAAAUAUUUGCUAGGUCGUUUCCACAUAUCUUUGUGGGACUCUACGGAAAAAUCGGAAGGGGGUUCCAAAAGAAGUUGUUAAGACCAAUUUGAAAAAAGGGGACAUAAUCGCUAGACAAAGAGACAACAUAACAGUUUUGAAGUGGCAUGAUAAGCGUGAUGUUUGCAUGUUAUCAACUUGCCAUGGGAAUGAUAUUGCAGAUACAGGGAGAAAAAAUAAAGAAGGGGUUUCUGUAACCAAGCCCAAAGUCAUUUUAGAUUACAACUCAGGAAAGCAGGGAAUUGAUGUAUCGGAUCAACUAAGUAGCUACUACUCACCAGUUCGUAAGUCCGUGAUUUGGUACAAAAAGGUGGCAAUUGAGUUAAUAUUUGGCACCGUUGUAACUAAUAGUUGGUUAUUAUACAACGAAAUAUCUACGGAAAAAAAGGCUCUAUUGCUUUUUACAAAAGAAAUAAUUGAAGAUCUUCUUGAAGUACCUAAAACAACAACCCAGACUGAACCAUCCACUGGUGAGCACUUCAUGUCAAAAAUACCAAGAAAGGACGACGGUAAAAUUAUAAGAAAAAGAUGCCAUGAAUGCUACAGAAAAAACGAUAGCGAACAUGGAACCCAGUUUGCUACCAAAAAAACUAAGCAAGUAGAUACUUACUGUUCCAUAUGUAAUAAGCCAUUUUGUCUAUCUUGUUUUGCUGUAACGCAUAAAAAUAAAAACCAGAAAUGAACUAAUCAUUUUUAUGUUGUAUUUUCAGAAUCAUGUUCCUUUGUUUUGUAAGCUAAACC